CGGCCCAAAAAUGUGCGUCGGCCCACCGGGCAUCGCCCGGUACGCCAGAUGGCCAGUCCACCCCUGAAUGCAUCAAAAUAAAAAAGUUUUUUCGAGUCUUUCAUUAAACCUCAAGCGGAACCUUAACGCCCUGCCUCAGAACGGCGGACUGCUAUUGGUGACGGAACGGAAACAGCGUGAGGUUACCGAAGUCUUGCACCUGGUCAGUCUGGUAAAGUCUUUAGCGGUUUUUCUUCACUCCGAGCCGACUGUGCAACACAGAGAAGAUGUUGAGAAGUGCCUCAGCACAGAUCAUCAGACAGGUGGUGAGAUACAGGAGCACAGACACCAGCCUCAUCCUGGAAAGAUCGAUAAACCGUGUGCAGCUGUUGGGUCGGGUUGGUCAGGACCCGGUGAUGAGACAAGUGGAAGGUCGAAACCCUGUCACCAUCUUCUCGUUAGCAACCAAUGAGAUGUGGCGCUCCGGGGAGGGAGAGACGAGCUCAACAGGAGACAUCAGUCAGAAGACGACGUGGCAUCGUGUGUCGGUCUUCAAACCUGGUCUGAGAGACGUGGCCUACCAGUACGUCAAGAAAGGGUCAAGGAUCCUGGUGGAGGGAAAACUGGACUACGGGGAGUACGUGGACAAGAACCAAGUCAGACGUCAGGCCACCACCAUCAUCGCAGACAACAUUGUCUUCCUGAGCGACAACAUCAGAGACAGAACCUGAAGGAGUUCCAUUCUCACCCGACAACUACACACCUUCUUUUUGUAUUUUCUCCUUUAUAAAAGUAACACUUGAGGACACCAAGUAGAGAAACUGAACUGUUCUGAAUCUGCCAGAAGGGGGAGAGAAUAAACUGAUCAUAUUUGACUGCGGCGCCUUCUGCUGGUGGAAGAGAAGAUGUUGAGGCUUCAGGAGGAGCAGAAAGAACUGAUUGAGUCUGAUUGUAUUUAUAUAUAAAAGCCCCUGUUUCUGUGAAAAUAAUGUCAUGAGCAGGAGUUUAAGGGAUGAAAAUUCACUGAGAUGUUUGCCCACUCAUCAUAAGUCUGAGUUUGUGACUCAAAGUGCAUUUUUGAAAAGCUGUAGCUCCUUUAAGAGCCACUAUUACUCAUGUUGGAAACAGUUUGUGUUUCAUUGUGUCCGUUAAGAUGAGUUUUUCCAAGUCUUCAGGCCCCCCACAUGUCCUCCUACUAUUUCCUCAUUGCAACCUCCCCUGGUGUUUUAUUUGAAAGUAAAAAAGCUGAAAAAUCCAAGCAAAAAUUUCCUCUUUGAAGUCAUUUCCACCCCGUAAAAGUUAAGGAAUAUGUGUUCCAAGAUGGGUCCAAACUACCUCCUUCUCCUUCAGCUAAAUAAACCUGAAAAACGUGUUGUUUUGCAGAAAGCCCAAUAAUAUCAGUCAGGAUUUACCUCGGCAAAGCCAGUCCCAGAAUCUUCCUACAGCUUCAGAAGGAGCAAAGACCUGCUUACUUAAAAUCAUAACUGUAAAAUAAAGUCUCACAGUUUCAGCUAGUGUGACCUAAAGGGUUCUACCAAGGCUUUUUUUCCAGCUUGUGUCACGUUCAGAUGAUGCCAAAUGUCAGCUGCCCAUGCAAACGUCUCAUGAUCGGAGGUUCAGUUGGAGAGAAAGGUGCAGGUCACUGAAACAUUUGAAGGUAAACAAGCAAAAAAAGGAGGCAGAGGAGGGGGAUUUUUUUUUUAUUCUGUUGCAUUUUGUUUUCCCAUCUAAACCUCUGAGUUGUGCUGGUUCUAACUGCAUGACGGCAGGUUGGUUCAUGUUUUCUGCUCCAUCACUCUGUUAUCUCACUCAUCUGUUUCUGUUUCCUGUCUCACAGUGACUGACUGCUUUCAGAUUGUUUCUCUGUAAUGUUUGCUUUAAUAGAUUGUUUCUUUUCCCAGAA